UUGGCCGAUAAAUUCAAUCAAAUAAAGCUAAAUGGUUCUCCCGCCACUUCUACCGAUACAGCAUUAUCAGCAUUAUUUGAUAGUUUUAUUAAUUCAAACAAUUUGGUAUUUGAAGAAAGCCAAUUUACGCCAAUCAUGCGUGGGCAAAAAACGAAUUCUUUACCAUUACGUUUUAUAGAAGUAAUUGAUCCUACUAAUAAAAUUGUUCAUAAAAAGUCUGAAACAAAGAUCAAGAAGCCUCCAAAGCCCCCAAUGCCUUCAUUCUUUUCAGGAAAGAAAAACUAUCAGAAAUUAAGGGGAUAA